AUGCUCACUGUUCACCGAGCCAGACAGGCGGUACGCGUCUCGCAAUCAGCGCGUGUGAUUGCAUGCACAGCUGCGCGGUCGUACGCAUCACCUUCGUUUAAAUACCAGGAACUGUUCACAAGUGAGAAUCCAGUGGAUAUACCCUGGAUGAAGCUGACAGACAAGUAUGUGUCUACUGAGAAAAUUGGGGACAGAGAGUUUCUUAAGGUAGAGCCAGAGGCUUUGCAACUGCUGUCUGCGACGGCUAUGAACCACAUUGCACACUUGCUGAGACCAGCACAUCUACAGCAGUUGAGCAACAUUCUGAAGGACGAUGAGGCAUCACAGAACGACAAGUUUGUGGCGUUGGAGUUGUUGAAGAAUGCAAGUAUUGCUGCAGGUGAGUAUGUGUGUUGUUAG